AUGGCAACCCCAUGGCCCCAGGAGCAAACAUGGCCAACGCACCAUCGAGAGCACGCCACUCAACUUAGCAGACACCUUCAGACAGCACUCAAAUCAAUCGACACCGCAAACGAACACCCCCUUGACCCGAAAGCCGUGAGACUCACUCUCAUUGCCACCAUCUCCCUGCUGGCCAAAUUGCAGAAAUUGCCCGAGCUCGGACACCUCCACCAAGCUAUUGAGAGUCUACGUGCGGAAAACAAGACAGCCCACGAGAGCAACAUCCGCGAAUCGAGAACCAUCAGGAUUGCUAUGCAGCAGAAUACGGCCGAACUGAAGGAAAACACCAACACAACGCGCGCAGCCAGCGCGGCUGCCAAGGAGGCUUGGAAAGCCAGCGAGCUGGCGGUCAAGGUCGUGAAGGAUAUCAAAGCAUUGGAGCCGAUGAAUCAGGGGAACACCGUGCAGUCAUAUGCCAGCGUAGCCGCCCGAGGAGGACUUGCAGAGAGCAUGCAUAACCCCUGUAACCAGAGAGCGUUCCAGACCCAGAUUCUGCGUGAAAUCAUAGUGAACAUUAGAGACCCUAUCACCAUUGCCAGCAUAAGAGCCAUGAACCCCCGUAGCCUCAAGGCGCACGUAGACCGCGCCAUCGAACAAAGCAGCAACGAGCAUAUCCGCAAGCUCAAGACCGUGUCCGCCAAUCAACUCAAGAGCGGCGACCUAAGCGUCAAGACAGCAACGACGAAAGACAUGGAGGCCCUCCGGCAGUUUGCCGAGGACUGGGAAAACCACAUCGGCAACGGAGCCGCCGUGAGGAUCCCAACCUACGGAGUGCUGGCGCACGGCAUCAGAACCAGCUCCAUGAACAUGGAUCGUUUUACAGAAAUCAGAGA